AUGAGCGUUCUUGGUCCCGCCGGAUUCGCGGAUCUCCUUCGUGAUAUCACUCGAGUGGUAUCGAAGCACCUGAAGUCAAUAGAUGAUGGAUCCGACAGCAAGAGAGACCAUUCAGAUGACGUCAACAUGGCACUAAUUGAUCAGGUUCACAAGCUGAGCCUGCAGGUGCAGCAGCUAUCCACCAGCUCUCGACCAAUCACAGUCGUCAACACGCCGCCUGCACAACAACAUCAAGGCAGCAUCGUGGGUUAUGUGGUGCCGGUGGCAGUCAUUGGUGCAGCCGGCUAUGGGGUCAUGUGGUGGAAGGGCUGGCGAGUGAGCGACCUCAUGUAUGUGACGAGGAGGAAAAUGGACCAGGCAGUGAAGCUCUUUGGGGAGAAGGUGACGGAGCUGCAAACAGCCCUCGAUACGGCCAAGAAGCAGCUGGCGGGGCGGCUGGAGGGAGUGUCCAAGUCGGUGGCCGAGGGGCUGAAGAUGCAGGCCGUUAUAAAGAAGGACGUUAUUGAGGUGAAGGGGGUGGUUACCAGUGUGAGUCGCGACCUUGACAACAUGCAUGGGCUGGUGGAGGGCAUGGAUACCAAGCUGGCCUCGCUCGAGCAGAAGCAGGACAUUGCCACGCGCGGGGUGCUGCUGCUGUGCAGCUUCGUGAGCAGAGGGCUUCAGGGCAACCCCGGCAACCAGGAGUUACUGAAGGGCCUGGCGGACAUGUCACAGAUGGCCGUGCCACAGCUAGCCGCGGGGAAGGGCGCGGCAGCAGGCGGGGCAGUGGGGCUAUCAGGGCUGAAGGAACUUGAGUUCAUCUCGUCUGCCCUGGAAUCAUCUGUGCACCACUCAGGGAACCUGCCUCUCGAUCCUGCCUACACCUCCCAACCCACUCGCCAAGCCUCCUACCAAGCCUCUUACCAAGCCUCGGCAGCAGGUUUGGAGCGGCAAACCUCUGCAUCAGCAACGGCACCGGCAGCAGCAGGAAUCGCGUCCAGGCACUCGUUUGGAGCAGGAGGGGCGGCAGCAGCAGCAGCAGCCGCAGCUGCGAUUGCUACAGUGUCGGGGAGAUCUCGAGGGGAAAGUGUACCUGUAAUAGUGGUAGGGGCAGGAGCAGGAGUGCAUGGGAUGGGAUCAGAGCGAGGGAUGCAUGGAGCAGCAGCAGCAGCAGCACAUGGGUUACAUGCAACAGGAGCAGCAGCAGAAGCAGCUGUGGUUCAGAGCGUGAGAGAGGCCGGGGAUGCGGUGUUGAGGCGAGGAGUGGUGAUUGAGGAGGUGGGGGAUGGAAGGGAGAGAUAUGGGCGGCCGCUUUCAGCGAGUGAGGUGUCGCCACCUCGUGCUCGUGAAGGAGGACCUGGCGGUUAUCCACCAAGGAAGCUGAGGCAUGCUCGAUUUGGGGACUGA